AUGGCUUCCUCUGCCGCGCGUGUGCUCGUCUGGGACUUAUACUUUGAGCAUCCCCAAGAAGUGGGUCGCCUCAUCGAAACCACGGCCCCGAGCAGUGACCUCUGGACGCCCGCCGUGCUACUCUGUGGACAAGAUGCCGGGUUUGCCUCAGAACAUGCUCAAAAGGCUCUGGGUGAUUUUGUGCACCGGGAUGGUGUUUUCUGCGAUGAUUUCACCUCGGCAGUCAUCUUACAGUCAAGACAAGGCAUAGACAUUACUACCGUCGCUACCCGACUCGCCAAAGGCGGCCGUUUUCAAGGAGUCUACACAAGCGAGCCGGUCCUCACGCAUGAUCCUCUCCCCCAGGGACCCAACUUCAUCCACAGCAAGUCCAUCCAUCAGGCUUAG